AUGUCUGAUCCAUCUCCACGUGGAACAAAGCGAAAAGGCGAUGCACCCGCGCACCCAACUGCACCAAAAAAGAGAAAUCCUGUCGCAUUCGAUGAAUCGGAUCCCGAUCUCUACGACGUCAUCUUGGCGGUGGAGGAGAAGAAGUUCUAUGUGAACAAAAAACAAUUGGCCCUCCAUUCCAUGUUCUUCCAUCGCAUGUUUUAUGGAGGAUUCGAAGAGACCAAGAAGGAGGAGAUCGAAAUCAAAGACGUCUCAGCAGACGACUUUCAGAAAUUUUUGGAAGUGGUCCAUGGCUUGGAAUAUGUGAACGACUCCAUCGUCGAGGAGCUCAUUGAGCUCGCUGAUCGGUUCGAUUGCGAGCACAUCCUCAAAAAGUGCAAGGAGCAUCUUAUGGGAAUCAACAACGUGUCUUCCAACAAAUUGUUGAGAAUGGCAGUCCGCUACGACAUGAAGCAGUUGAAGGAAAAUGUUCUCUCAAAAGUCACAACAACAGAAGAGGCAAUAGAUCUGUAUACUACAAACGAGUUCGAUGAGGAGACGAUGAAUAUCCUUCUUGAUAAAUCGUUUGGAAUAACAUCAGGCUUUGCUUCCGCCCAAGAUGAUUUAUCUGGAGUGUCUGCUAUUGCGAGUUCCCUUAUUGCGCAUCGUUUGCUCGCAGCCAUGGUCGAAUAG